AUGUCAGAUUCAUUUCGAUAUUUUAGAAAGAAAUCUAGUCGCGAUUUGGGUGAUUACCUAACUGAUGACGAUGAAGAUCUUGAGCUCCCCACUGAUGAAGAGCCAGAGUCAGCGAAGAAAUCGGUUGACGAAGUUGGAAACAAAGGUGGAGGUGAUGGACGUCCAAAUCCAUUGAGUGGCUCCAUGGAGGAUGUGGUGUGUUCCACGCCACUAACACCUGUUGAACCUUUUGCACCGGGAAAACGAUCACUCCCUUUCACGUCGACUCCAAUAUCGACUAUUCCUCAGCGAGUAAGUAUAGGUGGUUUAUUCAUAUUUACAAUAUUCACCGUCACGUCUGUUCAGAAGCCAUCAUUGUCAGAAUCGCUGGCUACGCUCGCAAUGGAUGAUGGCUCACCUUAUGGGCAUGGUGCGGAUCGGAGUCGAUCUUUCAUUGGAAGAACCGAUCCAGUCGAGCCAUUAUCUCCGUUUUCCGUACGAUUGUCGACUGAUCCCAAUUUGAAAGGAAAACUACGUGAUCGUGUGUUACGAAAGAUGGUAUCAAAGUCGCGAAACGAUGCGGUUCCUCGGCACGUAGUCCCGUUUUCAACUCUUGGACACGAACAGGACGAUCUUCGAGAACUCGUUUCUAAUCAAUCAGAUGAGGACGUCGUGGAAGAGUCAGUUGUGGCUGCGGAUCCAUAUCCAGAGGACGAUGAAAUUGUGGUUCUCUACGAUAGCAACGACCUCGGAAAAGAACCUGGCACGAGCAGAAAGAGUCACUCACUUGGUGAUGCAGAGCCGGAUGUUAUCACGAUUGACUCCUCGUCUGAGGAAGGGGAAGCGGAUGGUGGUGCUGGUGAUUUGAUUGAGGAAACUUCACCUGGUUAUGUGAGAUCGUACUCGCCAGAUGAAGUUAAGGUGAUCAAAACAGUGUCGAAGUUCCCUCUUGACACGACUGGUGCUCUUGAAAAUAAACUUGCUAACCUAAACACUUUGAGCAGUCGUCCACUCACUUUACCAGAUGGCGGAGUGAAAUUGCCGAAAGAAGUUGUGGAAGUGGUUGAAAAGACGACCGACGAACAACCGCACGCCCUAUAUCCAUUAUUCCAUGAGCGCCGCCCACUUCCUCCAAGUAUCAAUGAUGCCCUUGUAGAUGCGCCACGUCCUGUACACCGUUCCAUACACGAGAAGGCUCUUGUAGAAUUACACAAGUAA